ACACGGCAGGGGUGGGGCUGGGAGGUUUGAGGUGUCCGGUCCGGCGUCUGCGGGGGGCCUGAUCCCGAUCCCGAUCCCGAUCCCGAUCCCUAUCCCAGGCUGGAGCGCGGUGCGCGCAGGGCCGCCCCUUCUCGGAUGUACGCGCGCCUUGGGCAGCUCCGUAAUAGGACGUAAGAGGUGGGCUCUCCGCUCUGGACACCCUCCCAGUGUGGUUAAAGUUAAGUGCGAACCGCAGAGACUGAAGUGUUGCAGCUGCUGGGAGAGGUGCCGUCUGUGGCGACCGGCGCGCGGACCCCCGGGCCCCUCCGCCAGUCCCGGUGUGUGGGCUUGAUGCCUGGGAGAGACGCUCCCUGUCCGGCUGUGGUGGUGCCUAGAAGGAAGCACGCUUCAGUCCCCGUGCCCGCGAGUUUUGACCCGAAAAAAGGAAGAGCUGAAUAUGAAAGUAUUGGUUAUUGGCCUUGGAGGCCGGAGUCUGAAGUAGAAACAGAUGAACGUGGAUUUAAGCUAUAUGAUGCACUUGAUGCCCUCUAUAUGGAUGAAAUGGUGACAAAGAUUCACAACUGGAUAAAAAGCCCAGCAAGCUCAGGGGUUGUGACAGAAGAGCCACAGAGUGCAUGUGACAAUCAGAAAAAUGUUUAUAUUUUGAUUGUUGAAGGCUUUCUGCUUUACAAUUAUGAGCCACUUAAUGAACUUUGGAAUAGAAGAUAUUUUUUGACCCUUCCUUAUGAAGAGUGCAAAAGGAGAAGGAGCACCAGAGUCUAUGAGCCAGCAGAUACACCGGGAUACUUCGAUGGACACGUGUGGCCUAUGUAUCUGAAAUACAAAAAUGAAUUGGAAGAGAAUGCAAGUAUGCAAGUUGUUUAUUUGGAUGGAACAAAAUCCCAGGAGGAGCUUUUAUCCUAUGUGUAUAGUGAUAUAAUGCAGGAAUUAAACAAGCUGAGGGAAGAAAAUCAGCAGGUCACAGCAUGAUAAUGUAGAAAGCCUGGGUUCCAUUUGAUAUGAAUUGAAAACCCCAAGACUGUCAUAUUUGGCAAGCCACCCAACUGAGCAAAUGUUACGUGCACGACCAUAAUGCUAGUCCAUACAACACAAGUGUUUUUGUAGUAACUAUUAACUCUGUAAGUCUCAGAUAUUGUUUAGUAGGAUCAACAGUGCAUUCUUUAGAAUUCCUUUAAUCAGUCAUGCUUUGGCUUUAAAUCUCAUUGAUUGGGUACAUUUUAAAGAACAUAAAGAUUUUUAUCUACGUAACUAAACUAUAAAGAUGCAGUUCUGUUGGAUUAAUAAGCAUAUUUGAACAUGGAUGUUUGCAGUUUUAAAUGAUCAUAUAGGAAUGACAGUGAUUGCCUCUAAUAUUUUUAGGAGCUUAUAAUCACUGACAUAUACAUGGUUAGAAGAACUAACUGUGUAAUUUAAGAUUGAUUAAGUUGUUAUGCUGCUUUUUCAGUAACGGUAUACAUCAUAGCUGAACUUAGACUUGCUAAAUACCUCUCUGGUGUUUGCAAAGCAAUUUCUAUGUUGUGUAUUGUUUGGGGCAGUUGGGAAUGGGUAUUAAAAAUAUUAAAACAAACCUGAAGAGAAGUCAGAUUAUUGGAAAAAGAUGGGGGAAUACGAUGUCGUAGAGAAUGCAGAUGCAUCAUUAACAAAAUAUAAUGCAUAUAUUGUGCAGAUUGAUGAUUGGGUUGGCACAGACUACUAGACAAUAAAUGCAUGUUUCAGGGGGGAGGAAGGAAGAAGGAAUUCACAUUAGUAUUCAUAGCUCAAGUUGAAACUGAAAUAAUUAAAAUGUUCAGAAAGCAGAUAUGCUAAACAAAUGUGAAAGCUUUGUUAUAGAAUUUGUGUACAUACAUUUAGGUAAAUUAGGAAAUUGGGUAGUUGGGUCAUAUGUUGUUGCUGAAUAAUUUCUUAACUCUUAUAUUUGCUAUACAAUAUCUUACAUUUUUAUCAGUUGGAAUAAAAAUAAAGCUACAGACAUGAAAAGCAAAGGAUGGACUAUGUUACUAUAUGACAGCUGAACUGAUCAGUGAUUAAAAUGUAAUGCUUUAUUGUGACAGUAUUGAGUCAAUAUAUAAGAAAAAGGUGUUAUCAGGUUAGAGCUGUGUUUAGGUGCAUUUAAGACAAAGUGCUUCCAAAUAUAAUUUUCUAUUACUAUUAUUUUGUACUAAAAAUAUUUCAUGUUGCAUUUGCUCA